AGUCUUUAUUUACUGACGGAAGGUUUUACGAAAAUCGUGGUACGGAAAAGAAAACGUAGUUGAUUUCCAUUCGCUUUGCAUUCGGCAGAAACAGAAGAAAGAGGUGCAAUUUACUAAAGUACGUUGCAAUCGUAAAUGACUGCUUUGUUCGGCAGGGCGCGCCGUGAGUAAACUGUUCGGAACAAGUGGUCGGAUAUUGCCGUCGUCCGUCGACUGCUGAUUGUUGCUCUUCUGGCUGGUGGUUGGCACAAAAUUACCGUCAGCGAAGAUGAGUUGCAAUGAUAAGAGCGACGGCAUUUCGCGCGAGGAAUGGCAGAGCCGCCUGGAAUCAUUUCCGUUCCAGCAGAGUAACAUCAACAAGCUCAUCAUGAACUACUUGGUAACGGAGGGCUUUAAAGAAGCUGCCGAGCAAUUCCAGAGUGAGUCCGGCGUGGCACCGACGGUCGACCUCGGUUCGCUCGACAGCCGAAUCCUGAUCAGGGAGGCGGUGCAGAACGGUUAUGUGCAGGAGGCGACUCAUCUUGUCAAUCAGCUCCAUCCGGAGCUCCUGGACAACGAUCGCUACCUGUACUUCCACCUGCAACAGCUCCAUCUCAUUGAACUUAUUCGUGCCGAAAAAAUCGAAGAAGCGCUUACCUUUGCCCAGACGCAGAUUUCGGAGGCCGGCGAAAACGAUCCGGCAGUACUAGACGAAGUGGAGCGCACGCUGGCCCUGUUGGCGUUUGAAAAACCACACCACAGCCCGUUCGCCGAUCUGCUGGAGCAGACGCACCGUCAGAAGAUCGCCAGCGAACUAAACGCGGCCAUCCUUAAGAUAGAACUGCAAGAGCAAUCUAGCCCGCGGAUGAUCAACAUUCUGAAGCUAAUUCGCUGGGCCCAGGGUGAGCUGGAUAAGAAAGGCGUCAAAUAUCCCAAGAUGAUCGACCUCUCGAUGGCGGUGAUCGAUCCUAAGUUUGAGGGUAAAUAGCACGCUGGGUCCUAGGGUGGUACCAUGUAUUGGCAAGUGCAUGCAAGGGCUUGUACAUACAAUUUUGAUUCAUUUCUGUUUCAACAUAAAAAAGCAUUGCCAACAUAGCAAAUUGCUGAUCCUUUUACUUCUUUUCUUUGUUUUUUUUUCUAACCAAAUGAUUCCAAAGCCUCCUACUGUGCAAGCCCGCGUCAACUCACGUUAAUAUUUCAGCGAUUGUGAUAACUUUGAUUCAUAUGACACGAAUCACGUCAGUCAGAUUGAAAAGCACACUUCUGUUGAAAUUAUCCACUAAUUUACUAUAAACAAUAGUUUUCCAACGCCACUAGCAAACCAAACCAUUAGCAAACGAUAACAUUAACUGCAUAUGUUCUGAUUUGUACAGUAGUGCACGUGAUAGUCCGUACGUAUGCUACCGCCCUACUUAGCAUGACCCUACUUCAAGAGACGAAGCAAACAUCGACAAACACAUACCAGAGUGUAAGCAAUUGAUUAAAAAUCUAAGAUGGAUUAGAAAUCAAGGAAAUGAACCUAAUAGUGUACUUCAGUCCCAAACACUUUCCGCGCUUUCCGUUCAACUUUAUCAGAACUACACAACUUUGCCUUCCAACUUUGCCAGAACUUGCAAACACUUGCUCAGUACCAGUUAUGUACUAUUAACAGAGGUCUAGACAUAUCCUUCGGAAUCGGAAUCGGCUUGCGAAUGAAUUAAUUUUCGAUGGAUCGCGUGGUUGAAUUAAGUUAUGUGUGCAUGGAAAAGUAAAUCAUUAUUCUACAGUGUGUUGUAAGUGUUAUUUGCAUAUAAUUAUAAGCAUAACGCUAGUGAUUAGAACAGUGAUGUCGUGGAUACUGCCUAAUCAGUUCGCGGGUCAUCAUUUUGAUCCUCGAAGAUACGCUGCCGGACAAGUUCUACGAAUAGUCCAAUUCAUGGAGCCAAUAAGCCUGCUAAGAUGUAAAGACAAGAUAAAUUGGAAAAUACUACAGAAAGCUCAUGAUAUAUUGAUAUUAUGCUCAUGAUACAUGACUAGUUUACUCGUAUAAUUUCAGUAACAUUAUUUUAUUCUUAUUGUUUGUCGUUAAACAUAAUCGUUUAACCCGACGAUUAAUUACUAAUCGAAACAUCUAGUUUAGAUCUUCACAACAACGUAACAUGUUUAAUUUAUAGGGAAGCACUACUGCUCCAAUUUGUUAUGCGCACCGAGAUGGCACGUUCUCAGUGUAUUUAUAAAUUAUUAUUUUGCUUUAUUUUCAUUAUAUCUACUGUUAUUCUGCAAGCCAACGCUAGAAACAUGGAAACCCUUUACUCUGAAAUGGUAUACCAAUACUAGUUCUGAUUGCAAAGUUAACUUCCUUGUCGUAAUGCGCUUUCAAUCCAUAGUGGUACGAGUUAGCAAAUAAAACGUAUUCCAUUCAAGUGACUACAGGUGUGGGCCCCGGGUUAUAUUAGGUAAUGCAAACAAAAAUAAUGUUGGUUUUUUUUUUAAAUAAAACAUGUGAAUGCAAAAGACAACAAAUAAAACCAGGUGCGUUUUCAUACGAUUAUAA